AUGAGACCUCAAUACUUCCUUCGCUCGUUGGGACUGUUACAGCGCGUCCCCAAUCCCUCCUUCGUACCAACUGGCUUGGGCCGCAGGUUCCUUAGUUCCUCGCCUCGCGUUCCUGACUUUGCCUUCGCUUUCGAUAUCGAUGGCGUUCUCCUACGAUCCUCAAAGCCCAUUCCUGGCGCAGCCGACUCGUUGCGAUACCUCAAAGAACAGAACAUUCCGUUUAUUCUCCUGACGAAUGGCGGCGGAAAACACGAGACGGAACGAGUCGCGGAGCUUAGCGAAAAACUUGAGGUUCCGCUAGAUCCGUCUGUUAUUAUCCAGAGCCAUUCUCCGUUCGCAGAACUCGCGGGUGCUUUAGAGAACAAGCGUGUGUUGAUUGUUGGGGGGGAUAGCGAUCGUUGUCGUCAGGUGGCAGAGAGGUACGGAUUCAAGAACGUCAUCACCCCCGGCGAUAUCUUUAUGGCCAACCCGGGCAUCUGGCCAGUGUCCAAGGUGUUCCGCAGUUACUAUGAGCAAUUCGCUAGACCGAUUGAGAAUCCGAACCGGAUAGAUGCCCAGGAUCCCUCAAGAGGACUUAAGAUCGAUGCCGUUUUCGUCUACAAUGACCCGCGCGACUGGGGCCUGGACGCGCAAGUGAUCAUGGACGUUCUCUUAUCAUCUGAAGGUGUCCUGGGAACUAUUUCGGAGAAGAACGGCCAGGCCAAUCUCCCCAACAAAGGCUACCAGCAAGAUGGCCAGCCACCCCUGUACUUCUCGAACCCAGACUUGUGGUGGGCUGCUGCUUAUCCUCUCCCCCGUCUCGGCCAGGGCGGAUUUCGUGAGGCACUAGAAGGUGUCUGGGCUGCAACAACCGGCGGACCCAGUAAAGGCGUCGAGCUGAAGAAGAACAUUGCAGGAAAGCCAUACCAGGCAACAUACGAAUUCGCAGAGCACCAACUCAUGCGCAACCGAUCGCGGGCCUUUGGUGGGGCGAUCACUCAACCUUUACGGAAUGUUUACAUGAUUGGCGACAAUCCGGCCUCCGAUAUCUGUGGAGCAAAUACCUUCCGAAGUAUCCAUGGGAGCGAAUGGCAUUCUAUUCUCGUUCGCACUGGUGUUUACCGUGGAGGGGAGCCGGCGUGGGUACCUAGCACAAUUGCUGAUGACGUGCAGAAAGCUGUUGAAUGGGGCCUCAAGUCCUCUAAGUGGUAG